AUGUAUCAGAAUAAAGAUUGCCAUGACUCUUUUGCUAUCACAGGAGACGUGGGCUUGACUGAGCAAACUGACACAUCCGCCUGUACCCUGGGUCUCCACGGCCCGCCCGGUAGAGACGGUCGGGACGGCGCGCCGGGCCGGGACGGGGCUGCGGGAAGAGACGGGCAGCCGGGACCACAGGGGCCGAUAGGACCGAAAGGCGACAUCGGGCCGGAGGGACCUCCGGGAGAGAAGGGAGAUACAGGAGCGGACGGGGACGGAGGAGGUUCCGUGUACAUCCGCUGGGGAAGGACCACCUGUCCGAAUGACACCGAGACGUCACUUAUUUACGACGGCAUCGCUGGUGGGACUCUCAACAGCCACAGCGGAGGAGGCGCUAACUACGUCUGCCUACCGAAGGAUCCUGAGUGGGGAGUCUUCACAAAUGGAAACCAGGGUUUUGCCUACAUGCAAGGGGCGGAGUAUCGAGUAGGCGCAAACAUCCCAUUUGGCACCUCCCUAAGUGGCCACGACGUCCCCUGCGCUGUCUGCCACGUGGCGUCGCGCGGCUCCAAGCUGAUGAUCCCCGCCCGUCACAGCUGUCCUAGCGGCUGGACCAGGGAGUACAAGGGGUACCUCAUGACUGAACGCCACACCCAUAACCGCUCUGAGUUCGUCUGCAUGGACGGGGAGCCCGAGACCAGGCCCGGCGGACACGAGAAUAAGGGCGGAGCUUUGCUCUACCCGGUACAAGCCAACUGCGGGUCCCUGCCGUGUCCAAACUACGUGCAGGGCCGUGAGCUGACCUGUGUGGUCUGCACCAAGUGACGGCCAUGUCGACACAGUAAAAAGGUUGGCAAAUCAAGGCAAAGCGAAGUAAUAGUCCAAAAUGCCAAAAUGGAUGCUGAAUAAAAUCGUGAAACUGA